AUGUCGUCAAAUACAGCUACAGGUACACUUGCUUCACAAUUAGCUUCCGAUGACGCAGCUAGUCUUCAUCGAAACAUAGCAGAAAAAUGUCAAAUCAUAUUAGAAACAUUGUACGAUUCAUAUAAUGGUUAUAAACAAUGUGCUGAUGAUUGUAAAGAUACAGCAAUGAAAUUACUCUUUCGAACAAUUGCUACAAGUCGUGCUGAAUUUAUUGGUCAAUUAUCAAAUGUUAUUAAAGUUGAUUUAGGUGUUGAACCAAUAAAAUCAGGUUCAGCUAUUGCAGCUGCUCAUCGAACAUGGAUUGAUGUUAAAGCAUGGUUUACUGAUGGUCGAGAUAAAUCAGUAAUUGUCACUGAAGUUCAUCGUGGUGAACAAGUUUUAAUUAAAUUUUAUGAAGCAGCUUUAGAAGAUCCAAAUAUGUUACCAAAAAUUCGUGAUUUACUCGAAGAACAACUUAAAAAAGUCAAAGAACAAAAUUUAUCUGUUGAUACUAUCUAA